CCUCCCCUCCCCAACCCCAGAGCUCUCCACGCCAUGGCCGCCGCCGCCCUCGGCUCCACCUCCACCCAUGACUACCUCCUCCUCCUCCUCCACCCGGUCUCCGCCACCUUCGUCUCCCCGCUCCUCGCCGCCCUCCUCGUCGUCGCCUCGCUGCUGUGGCUCUUCCCCGGUGGCCCCGCGUGGGCGCUCUCCCGCUGCCGCCGUCCCCCGCCCGGCGCGCCUGGCGCGCUCGCCGCGCUCGCCGGCCCCGCGGCGCACCGCGCGCUCGCGGCCCUGUCGAGGUCCGUGCCUGGCGGCGCCGCGCUGGCGUCCUUCUCCGUCGGCCUCACGCGGUUCGUGGUGGCCAGCCGGCCCGACACAGCGCGGGAGCUCCUCGCCAGCGCGGCGUUCGCCGACCGCCCCGUGAAGGACGCCGCGAGGGGAAUGCUCUUCCACCGCGCCAUGGGGUUCGCGCCGUCCGGCGACUACUGGCGCGCGCUCCGCCGCGUCAGCGCCAACCACCUCUUUACCCCGCGCCGGGUCUCCGCUUCGGCUCCGCGACGCAUGGCCAUCGGAGAGCGGAUGCUGGAGCGCCUCUCCGCGGUCGCCGCCGCCGACGGCGAGGUCGGCAUGAGGCGCGUGCUCCACGUGGCGUCCCUGGACCACGUCAUGGACACCGUCUUCGGGACGCGCUACGACGCCGCCAGCCAGGAUGGCGCCGAGCUCGAGGCCAUGGUGAAGGAAGGGUACGACCUCCUCGGAAUGUUCAACUGGGGAGACCACCUGCCGCUGCUCAAAUGGCUCGACCUGCAAGGCGUGAGGAGGAGGUGCACGACACUGGUGCAAAGAGUCGACGUGUUUGUCCGAAGCAUCAUCGACGAGCACAGGCACAGGAAGCGCAGCACCGGCGCCAAUGGCGGUGCCGAUGAGCUGCCCGGAGACUUCGUCGACGUACUGCUCGGACUGCAGGGGGAGGAGAAGCUGUCGGAGUCCGACAUGGUCGCCGUCCUUUGGGAGAUGAUCUUUCGAGGGACAGACACGGUGGCGAUCCUGCUGGAAUGGAUCAUGGCGAGGAUGGUGCUGCACCCGGACGUCCAGGCGAAGGCGCAGGCGGAGCUCGACGCCGUCGUCGGCCGCGGGCGCGCCGUCUCGGACACCGACGUCGCCAACCUCCGCUACCUCCAGCACAUCGUCAAGGAGACGCUCCGCAUGCACCCGCCGGGCCCGCUCCUCUCGUGGGCGCGCCUCGCCGUGCACGACGCGCACGUCGGCGGCCACCUGGUCCCCGCGGGCACCACGGCCAUGGUCAACAUGUGGGCCAUCGCGCACGACCCGGAGCUCUGGCCGGAGCCGGACGCGUUCCGGCCGGAGCGGUUCGAGGAGGACGACGUCGGCGUGCUCGGCGGCGACCUCCGGCUGGCGCCGUUCGGGGCCGGCCGGCGCGUCUGCCCGGGCAAGACGCUCGCGCUCGCCACCGUCCACCUCUGGCUCGCGCAGCUGCUGCACCGCUUCGAGUGGGCACCGGCGGUCGCCGGCGGCGGCGUCGACUUGUCGGAGCGGCUGAACAUGUCGCUGGAGAUGGAGACGCCUCUGGUGUGCAAGGCAAAACCUAGGUGGUGAAGUGAAUGAUCAGCUGCACUUGGUCUCUGCCUAGGGCUACAUGGAUUAUCUUAUCACCUUUUGCUUGAUUUGGUUUCAACGAUUUGUACAUUUUUCAUAUGCUUGCUCUACUACAAUAUGGUAGUAUUAUGUUAUGCCCAGAUCAUUAAGCUUGACCUAUAUAUGUGGAUUAAGGCCAUUAUGCAUGCAUCAAC